AUGGCAAAGUUGUCCACGGAGCCACAAAUGUGGUGCGGCCUAGAGCCGCCGGAUCAAAGGUCCUCCAUCAUGAAUGUCUUGAGCGGCCGGGCAGGCUACGGACAAAUCCAGGGCAACAUCCAGAUCAACGGCACCUGUGGUGAGGGUCGAUCCAUCGCCGAGCUCCGUUCCGUGACAGGUUUUGUCCCGCAAGACGACGUGAUGCACCGGAAUCUGACGGUGGAGGAGAAUGUGUCAUUCCAAGCCCAGCUGCGGCUGCCCCGAGAGGAGGGCACAACUUCCCUGGUGGCCCGGGCCAAACAGUGCGAGGCAGCUACGACAGACAUCCUGGAGCAGCUGGGAUUGGGAGAUUCCCAGUUGCGGAAGACUGCGAUAGGCGACGAGCAGGUGAAGGGCGUGUCUGGUGGGCAGCGGAAGCGCGUUUCCAUUGCUAUGGAGUUCGUCGCGAGGCCCUCGUUGCUUUUUCUCGAUGAGCCGACAAGCGGAUUGGAUUCCACCACCUCCCACUCCGUGGUGGACGUCGUGACGCAGGCUGCUAAGAAGCAGCGGUGCACCACCAUUGCCGUCAUCCAUCAGCCUCGCUAUGAGACGCUUCGGCUCUUCGACAACGUGAUCCUUCUUGCAGCCGGAGGCUACUUGGUGUAUUCUGGACCCACAGCCGAUGUUGAGAGCUAUUUCUCGGAUGUUCUUGGGGUGCGUUUCCCGCCCAAAGCUAACCCGGCGGAUACCCUCCUGGACGCCAUCACUGUCGAUGCCGCUGCUGCCAUGCUCGCCAAAGGCGACAUGCGGCAGAACGGCUCGAGCUUAGGGAGCCCCGUGGAGUUCGGGCAGUGGCUGUCGGAGACCUGGGGGAAGCACCAGACGACCUACCAGCAGGCACCUGCGGCAAAGAUGCACGUGCCGCUUCCAGACCUGGCAGUCGCCACUUGCACUUGGGGGGAGGAGAUUUUCAUCCACAUGAAGCGUGCAGCUGUGCAGCUGCACCGGGACCGGGAACAGGUGAUUUGGAACAACCUGCUGCUGGUUGGCGGCCUCGCCAUCUUCUGCAUCUGUGCUCCAGCGAAAGCUCCACAGCAAGAGUUGAUGCAUCCGCUGCUGGCGCUGUUCCUGCUGCUCCUGACGCAGGGCGUCGCAGCCCAGCGCGUCUUCGGCGGCCGCGAGCGCUUCGUGGUCUGGCGGGAGGCCGGAGUCGGCACGAACACCUUCCUGUGCUUCUUGGGCCGGGACAUCGCAGCACUCGCCGAAGUGCUUCUGGCUUCUUUGCUCUUCGCCGCUCUUUACUGGCCUCUGGGACCUCUGACGUCAAGCCACCACACGAUCUUCUGGGCCGCCUUCGUCUUCGUCUACGCGGCCUAUGGCCUGAACUACAUCUGCAGUGUCUUCAUGUCUCCAGACACCGCGCAGAUGAUGGCGGUGGUCAUGGCCUUCCUUGCGUUCCUGCUCGCCGGCUUCAACCCGUCCUUCAGCUCUCUUUCGGCAAUGCCCCUGGGGAUCGGGCCUAUCGUGAUGGCUCUAUCGCCCAUGAGAUGGGCCUAUGGCUUCCUGAUGCAUGACCACAUGCUGCAGAAACUCUCCGGCUUCGCCAACCCCAUGGUGCGGUUGUCGGCCCAAUCCAUGCUGGACGAGCGUGGCAUGCCCCUGGAGUGGAUCAGCAAGUCAGGUUGGACCUGUUCCACCGGCUCGGUAGAGUGGAACUGGAAGGGUGAACACUGUCCAGACGGUGGCUCAGACUGCUCUAGCUUCCGGCCACCAAACGGCUUCGUCUGCAAGAUGACGCAGUUACUGCUGCUGGGGAUCUACUUCAGAGCUAUUGCGCUACUGUGCAUGGUGAUCACUUCGCGUUUGAAGGCAUCGGGAGGAGGUCAGCUUGUUGGCGGAGAGAGGAAGUCGGGUCAGCUGCAGCGGAACAUCUUGCUUCGACGGUUGUUCAUUAUCUACCUCGUGCUCCUGACCGAUCUGGAGGUGUGCUUGCUCCUGGAGACGCAGUGA